AUGUCAAAACAAAACGAUAUCAUCCUCAUUCCUUCCGAAACAGACAUUGAGGAGCAAGAUACUUCUUCGCAGCAUACAAAGAGUCCUCUCGCCGCAAAAACGAAUGUGAUCCCAGUUUCUGAAACGCCGCAGCAAAAUGCACCGCUUGAAACAUUCGUUCAUUCACUUUUCCCCUCUGCUUUUUCCGACUCAGACGACUUGCUUCCUAGCCCCAGAAAUGCUCUCGGCAUUCCUUGCGAAUCAAAUUCCAAAUCAAAUCAUCUUCCUACACCAAAUUUCCCUUCCAAAACAAAGAAAUUACUAGACACUCCUUCGCAUCCUCGUGAUCCUAUCGUUCUAUCCUCUUCUCCUCCAUCCGCCGUGCCUCAGACAAGUCCCUUGUUUGCGCUUACUCCUCCAUCUAAUCUACACGUUAUUGAAAAUUUUCAAAGAGAAAACGAAACUCUCGAUUUUGGUUCUUCCCCUUUGCGUGACAAAGUCGUUGACUCCAUAGCUCUUCCCGAUCCCCCAUGCAAUAAGACGCCCUGUUUUCAAGAAACCAUUUUGGACGCUCCUCACAAUACGUUUGCUCAGAAAGUUUCUCCGAAAGGUUUGUCUAAUUCCCUCGACAGUUCUCUUCUUUGUGAACAGAAUUUACUUCAAUAUAGCACCCUUUUAAAUCGCUAUGCUGACUCGGAAUGCCCAACCCACACUCUCGAAAAAGCUCAAAGUUGUUCUAAAACCUCUCCAGGAAACCAGAUGAAACAAAUGUGUAAAUUGCCGAGUCCGCUGGCGGGCUCUGGUUUUGAUGACACCAAAUCUUCUUCGUCUUCUUCUAAACCCAGUUCUCACGAGAAUGAUCGGGAUGCUUCACUGUUUGAUUUGCCUACUGUGGAUUUAGCCUCCACAACAAUUUCUCGAAAACGCACUCUUGAUGCACUGUCUACGAACAAUACUGCAGACUUAACCCAGAGCAACGAUCUAAAAAAGCUGAAAAAACUGAAAAAUAUUUACUCAAAGAGUUUUCAAGAUUCUUCGAAUGAUUACGAUAAUCAAGAAGCAUUGCACAGUACUUUACGGAAAUCAAAAACUAUGGGAAAAGUCGGUUUAUCCAAAAAGAAAAUUGAGGAAGCCGAAAGAAAGAAGAAUAAAGAACUACAAAAGAUUAAUAAGGUUAAGAGAACUAGAGAAGAAUGCUUAUCCGAAAUGAUUUUAUCGCUUUCUGAUGCAGAUUUAUCUACUGUCUGGGGGGCUUCAGUCUCUGAAACCUUAAACCCUUUUUCUUGUGAAUUCAGAACUGUGAAACAUCAACAAAAAAGCACGGUGUUUUGGAAAAGAAAGGUCAAUACAUACUUUGAUCAUUCUGCCAACCGGUUUGAAUUUGUCACCGAACAUGUACAAAACGAGCCAUUUUCACUUUAUCGAACCCCUUGUUCUGAUUUCGUGACAAAAAUUGCUGAUGGCAUACUGGAUGAUUUUGUUAAAUCGUGCAAGCUUCAAUCUCCAAACAGCAAACUCAUAAUCAUAUUAGAAGGAGUUAACAGUCAUUUCAAAAAUGUCAAGUCUGAUAUUAAUCGUCAGUAUGCUAAUGCGGUUAAUACCGGUACAAGACCCUUGUUAUUUGGCUCGCUUUCUAAAUUUCAGACAAUCACAAAGGAAGUUCUCGAAAGUGAAGUCUGCAGGAUAAACGUUCAGCAUAAUGUACUACUAAACUAUUCUAACGAUGAAAAAGAAACUGCCGAUUGGAUCAUAUCCAUUACCUCCGACAUAGCUCUAUCACGAUAUAAACAAUUCUCCCAUUUGUCUGCUAGGAUUUCAUUAGCGGAAAUAGGGCAUGUUAAAUCAGCCGAUCGAGCUGAGAAUACGCUGAAUUUUAUGUUAAGGCAACUACUAAGAGUUACUCCCAACAUUUCAAAUGCUAUCUGCGAUUACUUUCCGUCCAUUCCCAAGCUGAUUCAACAUCUGAAAGCAAAUGGUGAAGAAUCUUUGUCUAAUAUCAUGGUUACUACGGCUAUCAGCGAAAGGAAUCUUGGAAUAGCUUUAUCCCGCCGGAUCUAUAACACGUUUUUGGGUAGAAGAAGUGCGGAUGAUGCCCCGUAG